CCCCUCCCGCGGCGCCAUGCGCAGACUCAGUUCCUGGAGAAAGAUGGCGACAGCCGAGAAGCAGAAACACGACGGGCGGGUGAAAAUCGGCCACUACAUCCUGGGGGACACGCUGGGGGUCGGGACCUUCGGCAAAGUGAAGGGGAUGGAAGAGGAGAGAGCCCUUUCUUCUCUUGCCCUUUCUGAGUCAUAGAACUGGAAAAUUGCUGUAGAGCCCACAGGGAAGCAACUGCCUAAACCUUCUUAAGAAAAUCAGCAAGGCCAACAAUUUGGCAAACAUGAAUUGACUGGUCAUAAAGUUGCUGUGAAGAUACUCAAUCGACAGAAGAUUCGAAGCCUUGAUGUAGUAGGAAAAAUCCGCAGAGAAAUUCAGAACCUCAAGCUUUUCAGGCAUCCUCAUAUAAUUAAAUUGUACCAGGUCAUCAGUACACCAUCUGAUAUUUUCAUGGUGAUGGAAUAUGUUUCAGGAGGCGAGCUAUUUGAUUAUAUCUGUAAAAAUGGAAGGCUGGAUGAAAAAGAAAGUCGACGUCUCUUCCAACAAAUCCUUUCUGGUGUGGAUUAUUGUCACAGGCAUAUGGUGGUCCACAGAGAUUUGAAACCUGAAAAUGUCCUGCUUGAUGCACACAUGAAUGCAAAAAUAGCUGACUUCGGUCUUUCAAACAUGAUGUCAGAUGGUGAAUUUUUAAGAACGAGUUGUGGCUCACCCAACUAUGCUGCACCAGAAGUAAUUUCAGGAAGGUUGUAUGCUGGUCCAGAGGUAGAUAUAUGGAGCAGUGGGGUUAUUCUCUAUGCUUUAUUAUGUGGAACACUUCCAUUUGAUGAUGAUCAUGUGCCAACUCUUUUUAAGAAGAUUUGUGAUGGGAUCUUUUAUACCCCUCAGUAUUUAAAUCCUUCUGUGAUUAGCCUUUUGAAACAUAUGCUACAGGUGGAUCCCAUGAAGAGAGCCACAAUCAAAGAUAUCAGGGAACAUGAAUGGUUUAAACAGGACCUUCCAAAAUAUCUCUUUCCUGAGGAUCCAUCGUAUAGUUCAACCAUGAUUGAUGAUGAAGCCUUAAAAGAAGUAUGUGAAAAAUUUGAAUGCUCAGAAGAGGAGGUUCUCAGCUGCCUUUAUAACAGAAAUCACCAGGACCCUUUGGCAGUUGCCUACCACCUUAUAAUAGAUAACAGGAGAAUAAUGAAUGAGGCCAAAGAUUUUUACUUGGCAACAAGCCCACCUGAUUCUUUUCUUGAUGAUCACCAUUUGACUCGGCCCCAUCCUGAAAGAGUACCGUUUUUGGUUGCUGAAACUCCAAGGGCACGCCAUACCCUUGAUGAAUUAAAUCCACAAAAAUCCAAACACCAAGGUGUAAGGAAAGCAAAAUGGCAUUUGGGAAUUAGAAGUCAAAGUCGACCCAAUGAUAUCAUGGCAGAAGUUUGUAGAGCAAUUAAACAACUGGAUUAUGAGUGGAAGGUUGUAAAUCCAUAUUAUUUGCGUGUUCGAAGGAAGAAUCCUGUGACAAGUACAUACUCCAAAAUGAGUCUACAAUUAUACCAAGUGGAUAGUAGGACGUACUUAUUGGAUUUCCGUAGUAUUGAUGAUGAAAUUACUGAAGCCAAAUCAGGGACUGCUACUCCACAGAGAUCGGGCUCAGUUAGCAACUAUCGAGCUUGCCAAAGGAAUGAUUCAGAUGCUGAGGCUCAAGGAAAAUCCUCAGAAGCUUCUCUUACCUCAUCUGUAACCUCACUUGACUCUUCUCCUGUUGACUUAACUCCAAGACCUGGAAGUCACACAAUAGAAUUUUUUGAGAUGUGUGCAAAUCUAAUUAAAAUUCUUGCACAGUAAACCUAAAACUUUGCUUAUUUCUUUGAUAGCAAUAAGCAUGUAUAGUAAAUCAUAGCCAAAUGAUUCCACUUAUAGUCAAGUUAUACAUAAUUAUAACUAAGGAUUGGCCUUUUGGAAUGCAGUUUGCACAGGGAUUGGAACAUGAUUAAUAGUGAAAAGCAUAAUGUGCAAAAAUACAAUAAUUUUGUUCAUUGUUCAGUAGGUAUAUAGAAUAAUAUACACAAUGAAUUGUAAGUCUCUCAGGCUCACUUGAUUUUUGGCUAUUUUAUAUUUAGUGUAUACAGGGCUUUAUAGAAUAUUAAUUUACCAUAAAGGCCUUCCUAUGUUAUUACAUGUUGAUGUGUUAUAUAUUUGCUUCAUAAAUUCAUUCGAUAAAUAUUUGCCUAGAAUCCCCAGAGACUUUUAUAGGUGAUUUUGUUUUCUGGGCUCCUUCUUAAGCAGCAAGUAUUUUCAGCCAUGGGGACAGCCUGGAUAAUUCUUCCAUAUCCCCUCUGUAAUAUUCUGUAGUAUAUGGUAAGUCUUAUUAAAAAUAUUGGACACAAAUAAAUUUUUUUCUUUAGUUUGAUAAGUCCAAAAACACGCAGAACUUAUAUAUUCAGAUACUCUAAGCACUAAGUUUAAUUUUACAAUUGUCCCACUAUAUUCUGUACAUAAAUUGCUCUUUUUUGACACGAGAGCUGAAUUGCAUAUACUGUAAAUAAAUCAUGUUGCUUUUGCCAAUAUCACAAAGUCCUCUGCUCAUCAUGUCAGUCAGUAUUGAAUGUAUGCAAAAAUCUCUAGUCAUUCAAUCAUGAUAUCUUUUAAAUUGAUUCAGUACAUAGAACAUCUCUUUCAAAAACUAUUUAUAUGCUCAGAUAUGAUCUUUUCUCUCAAAUUUCAUUAUGGACAUUUUUUAAAAGAAAAAUUGAAAGGCUGUAAAGUGAUCACAUGUGUGUCUACCACUUACAUUCAACACGUUAACAUUUUGCCAUAUUUGCUUUACAUUUAUAUCUGUGUAUAGAUAGAUUGAUACGUAUAUAUGUGUCUAUAUGCUUUUCUCCCCCUGAACCAUUUGGAUGUUGCAGAUAGACUCAAAACCCCUCAACUCAUAAAGCAUUUCCUGGAAAAAUUAUGACAUUCUCCUAGAAAACCAUAAUACCAUUACAAAAUUAAUAAUUCCCUAAUGACAUCUAAUCAUACAUAUUUAGAUCUCUCCCGUUGUCCUUCAGCUUUAUUUCAAGCCAGGAUUCAAUUAAAGUUUACAUAUUGUAUUUGGUUAUAUCUCCUUAGCAGAUAUGUUAUUCUUUGGAUAAAACAUGGAACAAAUAGUCACAUUUACUUUGGAUCUUAAUUACUUUUUAAAAAGUAACAUUAUGAGAACUGCCUAAAGAUGUUAAAUCUUCCUAAGAGCUCUGAUAUAUAUUUUCUUUUUCUUGCUCUUAGUAUAAUACAUUACAUAAGGGUAGAAGAGAAGAUUUAGCAUCAACUCAGAUAAAUUGCAUAUCAUGCAUAUGCUAAUAAAAAAUAAAAUACUGGAGUUCCCAUCAUGGCUCAGUGGCUAAUGAACCCGACUAGCAUCCAUGAGGACUCAGGUUUGAUCCCUGGCCUCCCUCAGUGGGUUAAGGAUCCGGCGUUGCUGUGAGCUGUGGUGUAGGCUGGCAGCUACAGCUCCGAUUCGACCCCUAGUCUGGGAACCUCCAUAUGCUGCAGGUGCAGCCCUAAAAAAGACAAAAGACAAAAAAAUAAAAAUGAAAAAAAAAAUUGUCACCCAUAAUUGCCUUAUACUAUAUUUUAACUUUAAGAAAAAAAUUUUUCCAUUGCAACAGUACUGUCUUUUUUUUUUUUUAAGACUUUUUUGUAUUGUAUAAUUGUUCUUGGCACCUAUGUAACCAGACAGUAAUGUACUCAAGUGUCAUGAUAUCUUGCAUCGUUACUGUAAUUGUAGAUAUGGCUCCAGCAUCUCUAGAAAUAUGCAUUGAAUUCAAAAGAAAAGUCUUGCUUCCUUUUGUCCAGGGCUUGUUCUGUUUAACUUAGAAUCUUAAAGUUGUAUAAAAUUAUAGGAGUUCCAUUUAAAUAUAGUUCAAACUAUAUUUAUAGCUUGUAUGUGGCCCUCUGUUUGGAGGAUAUUGAUUUCAUGUAGGCUCUCUAAAUGCAGCAUUAUGUUCCUAAUGUUAAGAACAGAAGACUGUAUUUUUAAAGUUACAGAUUUGUAUAUAGAACUAAGACAUUGUUGUAAUGUCUAUGUAACUUGUGGGGAGCUAGGAACAAAAAGAGGAA